CACAUGGAAAAUGGAGGUUGAGAAGAGCAGCGAAGGAGAUAUUCGCCAUCGUUGAUGGUGUACAGCGAAGCUCGUCAGACGGGUGUGUUACCAUAGUGAAGAAUAAGGCGUGUUUUUAUGCUUAAUAAGUACCGAAUGUGAUCCGAAUCGAUAAACAAAUCAACCCCGUGCAGUUUCAAGAAUUGAAAAUAUGUCGUCGGCACAAGUGGAUCGUCCUGUAAAGGUUAGCCAAGUUAAUAAGAAGGAUAAUGAAAAGGCGAGAAAAUCUUUCAACAUUUCUCACAAAAAGCAUAAGCAUGAAGAAGGUCGACAUUUCAAAUUCAGUCGUAAACGUUCACAGAGUUUUACCGGCAAUGGCAAAUUCUUCCCACCUCAUAAACGCAGAAAGAAAGAUGGGGGGAUUAUACCUCCCACAAAGUUUUUGCUGGGCGGAAAUAUUUGUGAUCCUUUAAAUUUAAACAGCAUGCAAGACGAGGAAAUAAACAGAGCCAUGAAUGCAGUUACACCAAAAUCAAGCCCUCUACCAACUCCAAAACACAGAAAAGGCGCCAUUGAAGUUAUUAUUCCACCAAACAUUUGCGAUCCACUCAAUCUCAGCAAUUGUAAUGACGACGAGUACGAAAAACAAUUGAUUUCACCAACAAAAAGAGGAUCCAAGAGACGUAAUAGAAAGCGUAAACGCGCUUCAUCUGGUUCUGGGAAAGAUGACGCAGUCGAAGUGCCAGAAGUGCAAAUUGAAGACAAGGAAUUAGUGCCAAAAUCUGAAGCUCUGCCUGAGAGCGCCAAAGAGAAGGUCGAAGAGAUUGAACUUACACCUGCACCACUAAAUUCACCACCGAGGACCCUUCCUCCGGCAGAAGUCAAAGUUGAAACUACCAGUCCUCAAAAGGACAAAAACAAACUUCGACUUAAAGGACUGGAAGAUUUGAAAGAUAAACGACUGCGAAAAAUGGAUGUCAAGGACAAAAUUGUUAGUCCUGUUAUACCACAGCCUGGAGCAUGGAAACCCAGACCACAACAUCGUGCUAGUCAAGACAAAAAGAAGAAAGCGCAAAAAUUUCCAAAUUUCAAGCCCAAGGAUGCCGAGUACCAGUAUGGUAACUACAACAUGUAUUACGGAUAUCGAAAUGCGCACAACGAGGUAGAUGGCAGACUAACCAUUUUUGCGCAACGAAAAGAGUUAUUUUAUGACAAAGAUGUGCUAGACAUUGGGUGCAACAUUGGCCACAUUACGUUGUCAGUUGCUCGCGAUCUUUCUGCCCGCAGUGUGACUGGCAUAGACAUUGAUCGAAAACUGAUUAAUAUUGCUAGAAAGAAUGUCAAGCAUUACGUCAACUGUGUAAGAUCUCCUGCAACUUAUGAAGAUGGAGAAAAAGGCAAAGAUGGAGACGCUAGCUUUUAUCCGUUAUCAAUGCCAAUUAGUUACGGGCUCAUUGAUAUACCUGGAUUUACAAAAAAAAAUCAAAGAGGAUUUCCCUAUAACGUUACUUUUGUCCAGGGCAACUAUAUUCUGGAGGAUGAUGCUCUACUGUCUGCAGAACAGCCUCAGUUUGACGCCAUAUUAUGCUUAUCAAUAACAAAGUGGUUACACUUAAACUUUGGAGACUCAGGACUCAAGAGAGCUUUCAAACGCAUGCAUGCACAGUUGAGACCAGGAGGUGUUCUUGUACUAGAGCCACAAAGCUGGGGCAGCUAUGCAAGAAAAAAAAAUCUCACAGAGCGGAUAUUCAAGAAUUUCCACAGUAUUGAGUUUUAUCCAUCCAAGUUUACCCAAUACUUACUUUCCCCUGAAGUUGGAUUCAGUAAAUGUGAAGUUGUUUCUAUCCCCCCUCAUCCUUCAAAGGGCUUUCAAAGACCGAUUCAACUUUUCACCAAAGCGGGCUUGAGUCCUGAGAAUCAAGGUGAUCCUACUCCAAGUACGUCAACUCAGAGCGAACACAGAGAUUUUGAGCACGACUUAUUUCCAAAAGAAACUAAAAAAAAAGGCAACAUGUCAGAAAUGAGCCAAAUCAGCACCGAGUCUCUAAGUCAAUAUGAGCAGCUGGAAAAUGUUUAUGCUCCUAGCGCCACUCCAUGCUACGAUACACCGUGUUACGCUACCGAUGGCCAGCCUAUAGAACCAAAAACUAUGUGCUAUGUGGACAUGGAUAUCGAGAAUGAGGCUGGCGCCGAGAAAACUAAUGCAGCUAACGAGAAACAGCAAAAACGCAGAUGAUGAAAAUUCGAACUGCAAACUCGAUAAUGAUGAGAGAACAAAUUUGGACAUCGACGAAGGGAGGCUGCAGGCGCCGCGAAAAGCGAAAAAUUCAUCGAACAAAUCAAUACUCUAUCUACUUGUGAUAAUUAAUAUAUCUAUGUCAUCUGACAGCAUGCAACCCCAAUAUUCGAAAGAAGUCGUGCUCAUACUAUUCGUGAAUGUAGAGUUAUGUGAAAUCGAGAGUUGCAGCUCGUGUUCCGGUAGGCCGAGAGGCAUCGUUUAUGAGAAGAGCAAAGAUCCAGCUACGAUCGCGACCGGAGCAGCUGUGUAAAUAGCACCAAGUAGUGAUAGUAAAGAAACGUAUGAUGAAAUGAGGCGGUACAUCCAUGUCAAAUACUUUUGUGUUUAGUACCCUGGUAAAGAUUACUAAACAGCUGCUGAUAUUUUAUUGAAAAACUUGAAAAAUUGGACUUACAAUGUGAAAUUAGAGCGUGUUUAAUUUCAAUUAUCACCAACACAGCAAUUUUGAAGAUUUUUAACGAAAUUUAUUGUGCAUUAAUUUUGACCAGGGUGUGGAUAGUGAGCAUUGUCAUACUUCUUUAGGCUAUGUUCUCAAUUCCUGACCUGACCGUACCUGCGAGCGACCUUGACUGUGUCUGACUCGAGAAAGGUUGAGCGUAGUUUAAAUCUUCAGAUCAGACACAGCAGUCCCCAAAGAGUACCUGAUACCUAUUUCAUCGUUCAAGGUUGGUAUACUUCUUUAAAAAAGUCGCAGGGGGGUGUUUGAUACAGUGAAAAAGACUAGUGCAGUAGGAGCAAGAGUAAAUAUUGUAAAAAGAAAGUGCCGAUCAAUAUUCAAUUGACUAGACAAUCGUGCACACGAAGAGGCGAAGAAUAGCUCUGUGAGGUUCAGCAGCGCAGUAUAAAUAGUUAUAGAAUAAAAUUGUGUCUCGAUGAAAGGAAAAAUUUAAUGAAAGGGCAAGUAAUGAAAGAAAAUCGGCACAGCCAGGUGGGCAAAUGAAUAGAAAAUAGGUGCGCGAAUUUUUCUCUUUUGCUGAACGUAAAUUACAGGAAAUUAAUUUUUAUUGGUAAAUGGUGCUAAGCCUGGUCUAUGUAUUUGCGCUGUACCUGAUUAUCCAUUUACUGAGCACUUGAUAAAUUUCAAAUUAAUUUCGGUUUACAUGCAAUCCAAACAGUAAUAGACUUUAAUCAGAAAAUUUUACCCAAAACUGAUUCAAUUGUUCAAAUUUCGAUUGGAAAAUCAUGCAGAAUGUUUCUUUGUAUAAUAUAUUUGCAAGUUUUCAUUGUUUUCGAUUUAUGUUAUCGACGAAAGGGGUGAAUCAAGUUUAGUAGAUUAAACAGUAUAUCUUUCAUCUUCCAUUGCGUGGGAAAUCUAGGAUGAAUGUGGUCAUUUCCGCUUAUUCUUAGUGACCAUCUUUCCUGUAUGAGCGUUGAAAAAUAAUCUUCACUGUCUCCCAAUCACUCCAUUUUAUUCCUCAUUCAACCCUUAUGAUGGAACCGAUGGUACCGCUGUAUUGUAUUUCAUUUGAGAAAUUUUUGCACAUCUACAUCUAAUACGAUGUAAGGCGUUUGUUUUUCCUUUAUUGUCUACUCAAUUUCAGGAUUCUAGACCGUCUAUCAAAACGCGCAUUCUUAAUCCAUGUAUGCUAAUAAAUGUUUAUAGAAGUUUCGAA